UUCUUUGCCCUGCAGAUAAACCACAAUUUCCCUUAUAAUCUGAUCAGAUCUGUAUUCUUCACCAGAUUCUUUGGCGUGUGAUCCUCAACUCAUCCAUCUUCCACAUUAUGGCUCUGACGGUGGCGUAGUAUUACCAACAACUUUUUCAGAUAAAAAGGAACUUGUGUUGCACAAUGGACAACGUAGUCGAUUCUCUAAAUAAUGCCUAUCAAGAUUUUAUUGCUGCAGCAGCAAAUGUGCUAGAAUGCAGAGAAAAUACCAGUGCCUUAAAAACAACAGCAACAGAUACUGCUCUAGAAAACUUUAAGCAGAAGUGGGAAUUAUUUAGAGUAGCAUGUGAUCAAGCAGAGGAGUUCGUGGAGUCUCUGAAGCAAAGGAUAGGAUCAGAGUGUCUGGUGGAUGAGGCGACAGGGUCUGUGGCAGGAAAGCCUGGACAAGCUACCAUGACCGGUCUUCCACCCAUCAGUGCUGUUCGAUUGGAACAGAUGAGUAAAGCAGUUCGGUGGCUUGUAAUUGAAUUGCAGCAUGGCUCUGGAGCUGGUACUUCUAAUUCAGCUCUUUCCCAUCCUUCAGCUCCUUUUGAUGCCAGGUUUACUGAAGAUGCUGCUCAGUAGUAUUAACUUAAAUGUGAUGAUUAAUAGUUUUAUAUAUAUCUACAGUAGGCUGUACUGCUUUCAACAUUUUCUACGCAUUCAAGUACUGGCUUUAUGUUAAAGGAUGUAACUUAUGUGCACUGUGCACGACAUUAACAAUCCUUAAUUUUCU